AUGUCUGCGUUAAUGGAUAUUGUAAUGCCCAGACUGGACUUCCUCUGGUCCACGAAAUUCUGGGCUGUUUUCCAUACGAUUUUAUGGCUUUGGCGCUACGUUCGUCUGCUUGUCCACUGCGUCAGCCAUUGGAUUUAUAAGUCCUAUGUACCCAACUGGGAAAAGCCGCGGUACACCUCGCAGGACGUAACGGUGAUCAUCCCAACCAUCCAUAACCGGCCAGAGGAGCUGCGGCCCUCGCUCGAGAGCAUUCUGGCCUGCAAGCCCGCCAAGCUGAUCCUCGUAACUACGUGGAACAAGCAUGAGGCGCUGAGCCGCGUAGCUGCGACUCUGCGCGUGCCGGAUCCCGCGUCGCCCGUCGAGAUUGAGGUGCUGCACGUGGACAAGGCAAACAAGCGGCUGCAGGUCUGCAAGGCGCUGGAGGACGACCAUGUCAGGACGGCCAUCACGGUCAUGGCCGACGACGACGUGGAGUGGCCGUCUACCCUGAUGCCUUGGCUACUCGCACCCUUCGAGGACGACAGGAUGGGCGGGGUCGGGACGUGCCAGAGGGUGAAGCGGGUGGUUGACGGGGAUGUCACGACCCGCAUCUUCAACUGGCUCGGGGCCGCGUACAUCGAGCGACGCAACUUCGAGAUUUCGGCCACGCACAACAUGGACGGCGGCACCUCGUGCAUGUCCGGGCGCACCGGCGCCUACCGCACGCAGAUCCUAAAGAGUUACGAUUUCUUGGGGGGCUUCAAGAACGAGAAGUGGGGAAGGUACAUCCUCAAUGCUGACGACGACAACUUUGUGACGCGUUGGCUGGUGGCUCACCAGUGGAAGACUUGGAUACAGUACGAGCGCGAGUGCGAGAUCGAGACGACGCUAGAGAACAGCUACAAGUUCCUAUACCAAUGCUCUCGCUGGGCAAGGAGUAACUGGAGGAGCAACUGGACUAGCCUGGUACGCGAAAGAUACGUUUGGACUCAGCAACCCUGGAGCUUGUAUGCGCUGCAUUUUGCCACGUUCACUUCGCUAGCCUUCGUGGUCGACCCGCUCCUGCUCUUCUCAUGCUGGUGGGGUACGGAGAACUGGGAGCCCAGAAAUCGGUACAUUCUUCUUGGGGCGGAGAUCGUAUUCAUGUUUGGCUUUACCAAAGUUGUGAAACUGGUUGGUCUGUUUCGCAGGAACCCGAGCGACAUCAUGUUCUUGCCAGUAUCGAUCGUCUUCGGCUACUUCCACGGCCUGAUCAAGCUAUACGCGCUUUUCACGCUCAAACAGACUUCCUGGGGUAGCCGUGAGGACGGUGAUGAGCACAACACCUUCCGUCUGCAGAAGGAGCCUCCCCGCAGCCAGAGCAUGGCGACGCCCUCGGGGCCGGACUUGCCCAAGGCUAUGGAGUGCUUCCGGUUCUCGCAGGUUCGCCGCGCGGCCUUCUUGUCAGAGAAGCACAGUUUUACCCAGGGAUAUGCCGUUACUACGGACUGCCUGUACGCGAAAGCCACGAAACCUUCAUCCAUACAGCACGGCGGCGCCCUGGCUGCUGACCAGGGCACAAACCCUCUAUUGAAUGCGCCAGGGGGGGGCAGUCUUGACGCGCUCUAG